AUGAGGGCCCAGGAAAGAGUCAGUAAGAUUGCAUUUGAAUUCAGAAGAUGUUUAUUCUGGGAACAAGAGCUGGCAAAGAAGUACUCUUAUAAAAUGAUAGCUUUUCUUGCUGAUGAAUACUGCAACUCUUGGCAAGACAUUUUACAGAACAUGAGGAACCAAGAAUUUGAAAGGGUGCAGGACUUGCUUACUUCCUUCUGGAAAUCUCUGCAGCAAGAUACUGUCAUGCUUAUGUCAUUGCCUGAGGUGUGCCAGCUCUUUAAAUGCUAUAAUGUGCAGAUGUACAAGGGACAUCAAAGAUGUCCUCCUACAACAGAUGAUUUUCUGGAAGAUGUUUGUAUUCAGUACCUGAAAUCUGUCUGGUUAUUUAGUGAGAAACUUAAGCUAUGGCUACUUAAUGCUUUGGGUGGUUUUCCAGCCCUCUUACAGAUCUCCAAACUCAAAGAAGUUACUGUGUUUGUCAAAAGACUAAGAAGAAAGAUUUCCAACAUGGCAAAGACUAUGAGAAUGGUAUUGAGAAAUAACAGAGUCAGCCUUCUGAAGUCAAAUCUGAAAGGUAUCAUGAAUGUUUCUAAGGAAGCCCUGCCAAGGAACCUGAACAGUGCAGGUGACCCAGAGAGCUGGGAAAUGAAAUGUUUAAGCAGUUUAAUUUCUUUUCUAGGGACAUCGACAGACCUCAAUGUAUUCCUGAAUUGUCUGUCUUCAAAUCUCCAAACAGUCAUCUUCUAGCCAAGCAGAAGCAAAGAGGAGUUCCUCAAGUUGGCUGCCAGCUUCCAGCUAAUAUGGAAUUUCCUUCCCACCACCAUGAGCAAAGACAUGACUCUGCAAUAGACACACAGUUUUGGGUCCUGGCAUCUGCUUCAUUUACUGCUUUUGGAAUAUGUGAUUCAUAUAUUGCAGUCACACAUAGAAGAGGAAGAGGAUAAAGAAAAUGUGGGAAAUAUCAUGGAAAUGCUACCAGAUGGCAGUCUGCUGUCCAGCCCAGACCAGUCACCUUGCCGCCCUCCAGAGCCUUCAUCAUCUCAGGAGUGUGAAAGCCCAAGUGUGGACCCAGCCUGGGUGAUGCUGAAACCCCUGAGCCAGAACCAGUGUCCCGUGGGUGUGGGCAGCAUGGUCUUCAGGGUCCUGGGUCCCCUGGUGGACACUGCCACAGGCAAUAAGCUCAUCCAGGUAUUGUUAGAAGACAAGAAUAUCAAAAGCACUGUCAAUUUCUGCGUCCCAGUGGGACAAGAAACCCUCAUGACACUAAAAGAUAGACAAAAAAUUUUGAUUUACAUAUCAGAUAUACCCAAAAUUUCUGAAAAUAUUCAUUUCAUGAAAAGCAGUGCUAAUAAUUAA